CUCCUUGAAUCAUAGCGCCUACCCUAGUCCUGACUGUUGCUCAAUCCAGGAGCGCAGUUCCUGUGGGCUGCGCCUGACUGGCUUGGUCCUCUCUUUUCUGCACUUCAAGGGGAAGACGAGAUCUUGGACAAGGGACUCCCACAUCUGUCCCCUCCGGCUGGCUGAGGAAGGGUGCCAUGGGGCCUCUCCACCUGUCUCUCCUGCUGCUGAUCACAGAGUUGUCCCAAGCCCUCAACACAACCGUGCUGCAGGGUGUGGCUGGACAGUCCCUGCGGGUAUCAUGUACUUACGACUCCUUGAAGCACUGGGGGAGACGCAAGGCCUGGUGUCGCCAGCUGGCUGAGGAGGGCCCCUGCCAACGUGUGGUGAGCACACACAGUGUGUGGCUGCUGGCCUUCCUGAGGAAACGGAAUGGGAGCACAGUCAUCACGGAUGACACCCUGGCUGGAACCGUCACUGUCACUCUGAGAAACCUCCAAGCCGAUGACGCGGGUCUCUACCAGUGUCAGAGCCUCCGAGGCCGAGAGGUUGAUGUCCUCCAGAAGGUCCUGGUGGAGGUGCUGGCAGACCCUCUAGACGACCAAGAUGCUAGAGAUCUCUGGGUCCCUGAGGAAUCGGAGAGUUUUGAGGGUGCCCAAGUGGAACACAGCACCUCCAGGAGCCAAUCACAGGAGACUUCCUUCCCACUCACGUCCAUUCUUCUCCUCCUGGCCUGUGUCCUCUUCAGCAAGCUUCUUACAGCCAGCGUCCUCUGGGCUGUGGCCAGGGGCAAGCAGAAGCUGGGGUCACCUGUGGCCAGUGGGCUGGACUGCGGACACGAUGCUGGGCACCAGCUUCAGAUCCUGACGGGACCCAGAGAUGCGUGAGAGAACUCCAAGAUGGAGGAGAAGCCCAGCUCAAGUCCACCCAUGAGUCAUCCAGCUUGCAUUCUCUCCCAUCUGCCACCAAGACUUCUGCUUCUUCUGGUUUGGCUUCAGAGGUCACUUCUGCCUAAAGCCUGCCUCUUCCAGAUGCAGGGAUACUCGUGCUAAAGCCCGUCAUUUCUCCUGGAAGCAGGAGCACUCCUGUGUUUCUGUGUGUUGCGUGCAGAAGAGAGCUGGAAGGUCACGUGUGAGCCUCUGGGCUUUGGCCAUUAAACACUCUCACACACCAACCCAGGACUAUCCACUCUUUCUAGAUGCUUUUGUGCCUCAUAAUGGUCUUCUGUUUCUCAGUGCUGGGAUUAAAUUCAUGGUCUUGUUCAUGCUAGGCAUGAAUUUACCACUGAGAUAAUUCCCAGGGUAGGAUUAUGCAUCUGGAUGAGAAAAAGGGGAAAGGGUACCUUGCUUUGUAGAGGAGAGAUACCUGUCCUCAGCCCCUACCCAGGGUCCUCUGAGAAAUGCUUCCCAGGAGUAAGGGAAAGUGAAAAUUCUCUGUAAUAACUUUACACACACACACACACACACAGGCUAACGCUCUUCACUCUGUGUGCUCUUUAUUGCUGUGUUCUUUGUGUCUUCCAUCUUUAUUCUCCUCUACGUUUGUAUUCUACAUCUUUAUUCUACAUCUCUACUCUACUACAUCUCUGUUCUGGGACCCAUUACAAAUUCCCAAGCAUAAAAACUACAAGGCAAACCUUCAGGGAUGAGCAUUCUGAUAAGAGUCACACUUAGCAAAGACUUGGUCAGCUUAAUUGGUGACUGACCACACCUGUAGGUUGUGAAAGUUCUGGCUGUCUCUUAAAGGGACAGCCACAAGGGUUACAAGGGAAGGGACUGAGCCAAUGAGAGAUCUAAGGAAGAGGCAAAGAAUGUGUGUGCUAUUUUAUGUGAUUAAUAAUAUCUGGGGGACUGGAAAGAUGACUCCGAGGUUAAGAGCACUGGCUACUCUUCCAGAGGUCCUGAGUUCAAUUCCCAGCAACCACAUGGUGACUCACAACCAUCUGU